UCUGUUGUUUUUUUCAAGGGUUGUUGAGAGUGUAUGUGAGUGAGUGGAAAAGUGACAGGAUGGAUCCAGGGUUUCCAGCAGCGCAUACAACUGUCACAACUGCGACAACCAAGACCAACCAGGCUUCUGCAAGUCUAUGGUUUGAUGCCUCAUAUGUCCGGACUACAGCAGGGAUACUCAAAAUUGCUGCCAUGGUGCUGAGUGCCAUUGGCUUCAUCUGCAUUGCAGCCUCAGACCAUUCCCAGCAUUCAAAAGCUAACUGGUACUAUUUUGUGUGCAUUGGAGGCUUUUGGAUCACUGGGGUCCUUCUGGUGUUCUACCUGUUUCACAUUGUGGAGAAGUUUUACACAAUCAAAUGGCUGUUGAUUGAGUUCCUGUACAAUGCAUUAUGGAGCUUUUUCUACAUGACAGCAGCAGCUGCUUGUGCAUCUCAAGGUGGAAGAGUUGCUGCCUGGGCUGCAGCUGCAUUCUUUGGCUUCAUUGCCAUGAUGGUGUAUGGGUUUGAUGCCUUCCUCAAGUUCAAAGGUUACCGUUCUGGGGAACUGCCUCAGGAGACAAAGUUGCCUACAACCACAACUGGGCAGCCAUCUUACUAAACUAACACAUUGAAAGCCACUGGUCUUUUUUAAUACCAAAACUUGCAAUUCUUUUGGUGCCUCUUGAAUGCUUGUAUCCAUUCAAUCAACACAGUCACCAUGUUUUUAUUUUCUAUGCAAGGUCAGUCACAAAUUUAAAAAAAAGGGUUCACUGAAACUAUUGUUUCCAGUUACCUCAAGCUGAUAAAUCUUCUGCUGCAUGUGAGUGAAAGUUGAAUUUUUUUUUCAAUGGCUUUUAUGCAUAUUUUUAUGUGUGCCUGUGGCUCUGUGAUAACUUGGAAUAAGGAAACAGGGAAGAAAUACUGUAUGUGAAUGCUAUGCCUUCACCUCUUUGUAGUGUAUCUAUGUAUAUUUUAAUAUGUGUCAAACAGAAUAAAGGCUUUUUUGAUGCA